UCGUCGAGGUAAACCACGUCCAGAAUGAGGUAGUCCCUGAGCAAGUCAUCCCAGGCUCACUGAAAUGUUGCAGUGUGAUCUUGACCCCAUUUUCAAUCAGGAGCGACUGCGGGGCCGUGCACGGGAGUUUUUUCGAACGGAGUUGCGCGCAGUUCGGUUUUUGCUUGAGGAGUCGUACGUGUCAAUCGUCGGCACGCUAGUCUUCCUCGGAUUGGCGAUCUACUUCGUUCCCACGAAACUGGAACGGAAGAGGAGGAUUGCUCUUGGAAUUACACACUUUUUAUCGCAUCUCCUGGCAGCGUUUGCGCUGAUGCUCAUGCUAGAGGUGGGGGUGGAGGUGUGUGUGCGCCAUGAGUUGCUUGGCACAUCCGGAUAUCACACAUUGUACGAAUGGUACCAGUCCAAGCAGAAAGAACAUUUUCCAGAUCCUACAAGGUUGCGCUCACGCAUGGAGGUGUGGACAUUCGGCUUGUACCCAGCAUGCUUCAAGUACUUGAUGUCGGCAUUUGACGUUCCUGAGACUAUGGCUGUGACGAGGAACAAGAUAUGUAAGGAAGGAAUGCAGAAGUUGCCGCGAAGAUUCCAGGUGCUCUACUACGUGUGUGUCUUCCUCUAUUACUGGGUAUUGUCCACACCGGUGGUGUCGCUCGUGAUGGGCUGUUAUCUAUACAUCUGCAUUAACUGGCUGCAUGUGCACUUUGACGAGGCAUUCUCAUCGCUGCGCAUCGCGCACUUCAAAUCAUUCAUACGCGGUCACAUCACGCCGGACGGCCAUCUCGAGAUUUUCGUACUUGCAGUUGAUAAGGUUCCAAGGGACUGGUCGAUAGAUCCAAAGUGGUUUGAAGAGCAAGAGUCCUCUCCAGGCGUGAUGCCGCACAAGCUAUCAUACCCAAGUAAGUGGAUUCCAGCUCCGGGGUACUGCAACGGGGAUAGCCAGUGCAAUGUACGAAUCGUCGACCACUUUGUCGUCGACAAAAAGCCCUUGCCGUGUCCGAAACCCGCUAGUCCUCCACAGGCUGCAAAGGAAGUUCCUGCGGGAACUGUUUCUUCCUCCACGACAGCCCGCCGUGCUCCCAAGCGAACGCACCGACCAUCGCCCCUGUCAGGAAAGCAGCACGAGGAGCAUAGCCCGAACCGAACUGGGGAGGAUGCGCUUGGGGUUAGCAUCAGUGGGGGAAAGAAAGCGAGAACUUCACUCUCGGUUGCAGACAAUUUGCACCCAGAAAGUGGUGGAGGGAGCUUCCAUGCUGUAUCCGUUGCCAUCAGAGAACCUGUGAGGUUUCCAGAGUGGAUAUGGCGAGCAGUGCACCCAGACCCGAUCGAAGGGUGGAAGUUUGUGGGGCAACCGCGAUCCCCGUCACCACCACGCCGGCAUGUCUCAAGAAAGGGGCCUCCAAUAACGCGGCAUUUGUCGCUGUCGCCAUGCCGUCGGGGGGCCAGAGCCAUGGGAGGUGAUGUUGUAGAGCUUGUGCAUGCGGCCCAAGGCCAUGAGGAAUCGCACAUAGAUGACAAAGGCCAACCGGCUGCCACUAAUCGAGAACUCCGUGCUCACAGAGGGAGUUUUUAUUCCUUGCCCAGUUCUCAGUCUCAAAGCAUUUCCUCUGGAUUUCUGGAUCUGCCGCACCACUGGCAAGGCACAGAAGGGGUUUUGGUUCCUUGCUGCCAAGGUGGGGAACGAUGCAGCCAGCUCUUGCAGGAAGUAAGCACCAACAGUUGCGCAAGCGGCAAGGAACGGGAACGAUGCACCCGGCUCUCACAGGAAGUGAGCACCAACAGUUGCGCAGGUGGCAUGGAACGGGGCAAGAAACGCACUCUAGGAACAGGGGAGGACGUAGGGUAUGAGCCAAACACUGCACUUGAGGAGGUUGUCCGAGAGAUGGGUCAAGAAGAGGGUGAGGGGAGGGUGAGAUAUUUUCAAGAGGCUAGGUUGUAGUUAGGAGGGAUCUUUGGUGGUCGUCUGUCCUUCUGUGGAAGGAAGACAGUUUGUUCGAAUCGGUUGGGACUCCAGAAUCGUAGGCAGUCAGACGUGACACCACAGCCAUUGUCAGCUUGUAUGGUCGGAGCAUGCACAUCAAACUAACGUACCGAGGAACAUCGUGUAGCUUGGAUGGAGAGCAAUGGUCUCAAGCACCCCGUGAGAACCCUUGCUAUCACCCCACCCUCCGUGCCUCCGCCCCGUGCUUACAUUUUCUAGGCUUUUUGCUGUGAAUCUGUCCGGGGCCUGGUCAUUGUAGUUGCUGUGUGCUUCUUCCCCGUCUGCCAUGCGAGCACUUUGAUCGCAUGGCUUGCAUCCAGAGACGCAUGCGUCUGUUGAUGUUCACAUGCAUGUCUGGAUUGUUUAUUUUGUCAUGGUUCUUUCAUGUCUGCACACAGUUGUGCAUGACUUAUCUUUGUUAAAGAAUGCUAAUAAAGAUUCUUUUGAUAU